AUGGCAACAGAUGAGAACAGCACGACCGCGGGCCCUGAGAAGAUCAAGGAGUGGCGGUCCAUCGUAACCCUCAUUGUAUUCGUUAUCACGAACAUAAUUGUUCUUUUCCCGUUUCACAUACCAAUUCGCUUCCCACGGGCGCUUGCAAAUGCCAUUGCGAAUCUUCUCAGUGCCCUGCGGAUAAGACCGCCGAGGCCGAAGCACCAUCGAGAUGAUGCUCAACCACUGGUGCUGAAGUUCCCCGUAAACUUCAUCACUGCACCUUUGAUCGCAGACUUGUUCUUACUGGCAAUUCUCGCCAUUGGUCGCGAGGAAGUUUAUGGGGGGACGAUAUCUUCAAAUCACAUUGAGCCGUAUGACAUUAUGAUCUUUUUCUUUUCCCUGGCAUACAUCGCAAUCUCGAUAGAUGCUUCCGGGUUGAUCAGAUAUCUGGCCUUCAAGGUGCUCCAGAAGGGAGGCAGCGCCGGUCACCUCCUGUUUUUCUACCUCUAUGCCUUCUUCAUGGUGCUAGGUAGUUUCAUUGGAAACGACCCCAUCAUUCUUUCCGGCACGGCUUUCCUUGCCUACAUGACAAGAGUGUCGAGUAAUAUUGUCCACCCGAGAGCCUGGAUACACUCCCAGUUCGCCGUGGCCAACAUUGCCUCUGCCAUCCUCGUGUCGUCUAACCCGACCAAUCUCGUCCUUGCUGGUGCUUUCAACAUUCAGUUCCUGCAUUACACCGCCAACAUGAUAGUACCUGUGAUCGCCACGGCUAUUGUGCUGUUCCCCUUCCUGCUGUACAUCAUUUUCAACGAUGAGAAGUUCGUUCCCUCCAAGAUCAACAUCCACGAGCUGUCGGAAGAACAGAAAGCCAAGAAACCAGUCAAUCCUAACAUCCCCAAUGCGAGGGGCAAGGCUGAGGAGGAGGAGAACCAGCAUUACAACGAUGAUCAGGGCAAGCAAUUAUCACUAGAGGAGAUUAUGAACCCGUUCCUGGACAAGGGCGGCGCCAUGUUCGGAGCUAUUGUUAUGGCUGCAACACUGGUCAGUAUUAUUGCUUUCAAUGCUGCAUCUCAGACCAGCAUGCAGUUUCGUGUGUUCUGGGUCACGCUGCCAGCAGCUGUCGUGAUGCUGUCUUGGGAUCUCGGUUUCGGUUGGUUGCACCGGCACAAGACCCGUAAGAUCGCCGAAAACGGCAGGAAAGAGGUUGAGGCGCUGCAUGCUGCGCGACAGGCCAGCGACCGGAAUGAUAAGCCACUAGAUCGCUCACAAGAAGGGCCAGACGUGGCGAUAUCCAGCGACCAGCCUUCUUUAUCGAGAACUAGCUCGCCUGAUGAGAUACGCAGCAGCGAUAGCCACAGUCCUGGGGUCUCUACCGCAAACACAGACAGCGAGCUACAACAAGACCCAGAGAAGCCUAGAAUCGCCCCGGAGAACCCCAAUCUUGAACCUCGCGGUCUAUUUGCGGACCCACCAAGCCAGGAGGCUGAAAUCAAAAACCUCCCGGCCUCCGAGAAAGAGGUGACGAAGGUGCAGGGGCCGGUGCGCCGGUCAAGUAAACCCCACCGAUACCUCACAACCAUCUUAGCCGAGAGAUACCGAUGGUCACAAGAGACAUUCCCUACGGCCGCCGCGGUACUUUCACAUCUUCCAUACGCACUCAUUCCCUUCUCUUUCUGUAUGUUCAUCCUAGUGCAAGCCCUGGUUUCGAAAGGAUGGAUCCAAGUAUUCGCGUACGGUUGGGACCACUGGGUUACGAAGACGGGAACAGUAGGAGCAGUAGGUGGCAUGGGCUUCCUCUCGGUGAUCCUGUGCAACUUCGCAGGGACUAACAUCGGGACUACUAUCCUGUUGUGCCGCGUCAUACAGGCGUGGGUAGAUAUUCACGAUGCCAGCACUAGUCCCAUCACCCAAAGAACGUUCUGGGCGACGGUGUAUGCCAUGGCGGUCGGGGUGAACUAUGGAGCCUUCAGCACCGCGUUCAGCGCAUCGCUGGCCGGCAUGCUAUGGCGGGAUAUCCUCGCUCGGAAGCACAUACACGUGAAGCAGCUGGACUUCGCGCGCGUCAACCUACCCAUCAUUGCGAUAUCCAUGACGGUGGGCCUCGCCGUUCUGAUCGGCGAGGUAUAUAUCACGAGAUCAGAGGAGCCCUAUAUCCCUUGA